AUGCCCCCCGCCACCACCCUCGACGAGCGCUUCGAGCAAGCUUGCGCCAAGGGCGAGAUCCCCCAUGCCGUCCUACUGGCUACCAAUGCGUCCGGCACAUUCCGCUACGAAAAGACGUUCGGGGUGCACGACAUCGCGGACCCCGCGCGCACGCCCAUCGCCCCCACGGCCAUCAUGUGGAUCGCGUCGUGCACGAAACUCAUGACCACGCUCGCGGCGCUGCAAUGCGUUUCGCGGGGGCAGGUCAAGCUCGACGAGCCCGUCGCGCCGCUCCUCCCCGAGCUCGCCGCCCCGGACAUCAUCACCAGCAUCGACGACGCGACGGGCGCCCCCGUCCUGCGCAAGAGCACCACGCCCAUGACGCUGCGGCACCUGCUAACGCACACGUCGGGCCUGGCGUACGACAUCAUGAGCGGGAGGGUAGCGGCGUGGCGGCGCAGCCGGGGCGAGCCCGUCGGCCCAAAGCUCGGCUCCGUCGUCGAGCGCUUCGCGACGCCGGUGGUGUUCGAGCCCGGGACCGGCUUCGCGUACGGGCCCAGCAUCGACUGGGCGGGCAAGCUGGUCGAGCGGGCGAACGGCGGGCAGGAUCUAGAGGCCUACUUACAGGCGAAUGUCUGGGGCCCGCUGGGCGUAAGGGACAUGACAUUUGACCUGGGGCGACGGCCGGAGUUGGGCGCGCGGCUGGCGGGGACGGCGGAGCGCGGCCCGGAUGGCAGGUUGGGGGUGAAUGAUCUGGGCGAUAUGAUGUACACGGGGGCGACGGAGCUGAUGGGCGGGCACGGCAUCUUCGCGCCCGCGACCGAGUACAUCAAGGUGCUGCGGGCGGUGCUGGCCCGCGAUGCGCGGCUGGGGAUUGGGGCGGAGCUGUGGGCGGAGGCGUUUUCGCCGCAGCUCGGGGAGGGGAGUCGUGCGGCGCUGGGGCAGCAGCUGGGCGACGAGCAGCUCAAUCGGAUUUUCGCGGGCACGCCGGGGGACCCGACGCGCAAGGACUGGGGGCUUGGGGGGCUGUUGACGCUAGAUGCGGUCGAGGGGGAUGAUGUGGGAUUGCUGGGUGGUCCUGUGGAAGGACGCAGACCACUCACCAUGUCCUGGGGCGGGCUGCCGAAUCUGGUGUGGUGGGUUGAUCCGACGGCGGGCUUGGCGGGCAUCUACGCCGCGCAGGUCACGCCGCCGGGGGAUAAGGUUUGCUCGGAUUUGAACCGCGUGUUUGAGACGGAUGUUUAUCGCGUUUAUGGGGCGUGGAGGGAGGAGAGGUACGAGGGGAGGGAGGAGAAGCUGUAG